AUGGAAAAGCACUCAAUCGGGCCGGAGAAUACUCGAAUCCGGAAGCUGGUUGAGGAUGGCAACCCAAUAACCUGUUGCACCCUUCACGUAGUCUUAUAUGUCACCUACCUCAACAUCGGGGUUGAUGGCCCCUCCAAGCUCUUAAGACAUUGCCCAAAAACCAGGCUUGGGGCCAGGUCCACCACCGGGUACCUAGCUAUACACACCUUGAUCCCCGGGAACCCCCUACAAAUGUAA